CAGCGAGCCCAAGUAGCAUAUAUAAAGGAGACGUGAAAAGUGAGGAGCAUCAUUCAGUUGUUAAACACCAACAGUGUUUUGUGAUCAACAAAGAAUAAACCAACCACUGCCAACAUGAAGUACUUCACUGGUCUCUUGGUUCUCGCUUUCGUCGCUGCCGUAUCUGCUGGUAAACUCCCAAUUGGAGAUCCAGCUGAACUCAAGCCAGAGACCGAGCUCAAGUCGAGCGAAGUCGAAGUUGAAGUUGAAGCCGGCGCUGAGCCCAGAAGCAAACGUGGCCUCCUCUACGCAUCCCCGUAUGCUGCCGCAUAUGCUUACCCUUACACCGCCAGCUUCAGUUACCCAUAUGCCUACAACGCACCUUACGUAUACCGUUCGGCCUACUAUCCAAGUUACUACAGCUCCUACGUGCUGGGCUAAGCCUCAGCACUCAGUUGAUGCUGAAUUCAUAAAGC